AUGUUUCUUUCGAGCACGGCGCAGCUUCUGGAAAUUACUUCUAGUAAACAAAACGCUGCUGUACUUUGUCAUGGCAGUAGCUUCAGAAGGGGGAGGAGGGGUUUUCAUCGAUUAGGCACUAGCAGCGGAGAUUCACAGGCCAUUGCCCAUUUCUCUUCAACUGUGUUGCCGUUGAAAGAAACACGGAUGUGUGUCUACCUACUAUGUUUUACAAUCGCGGAACAGGUGCUGUAACGCGCAUUAGCGAGGGAAAAAUGCGCGAGGUGAGACGAAACGAGGUUUCGG